GAGGUGGAGCGCCGGCCACGCCCUUUCGGACUGUUCGGAUCUCCUGGAGCGGCUGCUGGGACAGGGAGGCGAUGUGGACGCGGAGCCUGGUGCUCUCCGCCCCGGGGAAGGUGAUCCUGCACGGCGAGCAUGCGGUGGUGCACGGGAAGGUGGCCCUGGCGACGGCGCUGAACCUGCGGACUUUCCUCCGGAUGACCCCGCGGCAGGACGGGCGCGUCUCCCUGCAGCUGCCGAACCUGGGGAGCAGGCGGAGCUGGGAAGCGGCUGAGCUCCGGCCCCUACUGGCGGCCGUCGCCUCCGUUGAACUGCCUGAAGCGCAGCCGCCCAGCGCCGAGCAAGUGGAGAAGCUGAAAGAGUUUGCAGGGGGCGAUAACGGACAGGAAGCAGUCCAGAGCGUAGCUGCCGCCGCCUUUCUUUAUUUGUACUUAUCUGUGGCAUCCAAAUGCGGGGUUAUGCCAGCUGUUGACAUCUUGGUCUGGUCUGAGCUGCCCACCGGUGCUGGGUUAGGCUCCAGCGCAGCGUACUCGGUCUGCCUGGCAGGGGCCUUGCUUUCUGGAUGUGGUGCCAUCAGCUAUCCUCUGCAGGAGGGCCAAGAAGUAGCUAGGUGGACCAAGGAGGAACUGGAUGUGAUCAACAGGUUAGCCUUCAAAGGAGAGCAAGUGAUCCAUGGGAAUCCUUCUGGAGUGGACAACGCUGUGAGCACAUGGGGUGGUGCCUUGCGGUAUAUUUCAGGAAAAAUCUCUGCGUUAAAAAGAGUGCCCACUUUGCGGAUUCUACUGACCAACACUAAAGUUCCACGCAGCACCAAGGUCCUGGUUGCGGGGGUUAAAGCCAAGCUCCUGAAGUUUCCCACUGUCAUGGAGCCGAUGCUCACUUCCAUAGGCGCAAUUUCUCGGGAGUGUGAAGGAAUUCUUGAGGCAAUGACUGGAGAGCCAUCGCAGGAAGACUACUCCAGGCUGGAGGAUUUGGUGGACAUCAACCAGCACCUCCUCAACGGCAUCGGGGUCGGCCACGCCCUGCUGGACCGCGUCUGCGAGGUCACUUCCUGCCAUGGACUGCACAGCAAACUGACCGGGGCUGGGGGAGGCGGCUGCGCCAUCACUUUGCUGCGACCAGGCACCGCUCCUUCGGCGGUGGAAGAUGCCAUCCGAGACCUGACCCAGUGCGGGUUUGAGUGCUGGGAGACGGUCAUCGGGGCGCCUGGUGUAAGCGCUCACGCCUUGCCGUGCCUGAGAGCGGAAGUGCAGAAGGCGUUGCAGGGCAGCUGACGGGGGCCGUGAAAAGCGACUCUUCCUCCACCUGGGACCAGCCCUGACUCGGACUGGACGUCCAGGCCACGCCCAAGGCAGCCCAGCGGGACUUGGUCAGUCAGGCGGGGAAGGGCGCAGGUCUACUCAGCGGGAGUGGGAGGACAGGGAGCUGGGUCUUCCUAGCCACUGUGGACACGGCUCUACUGCUAACGGGGGUUUUGGGGGUACGCUAGUGUAAAUCCUUCCUUGCACCUUUUGCACACUGCCAGGUCACAGGCCCUAAAAAUGCCAGGCGGGGGGGGAGUUGCUCCCUCCCCUGACAGCCCAUCUCCUGAAUUCACUCCUUUGUGGCUCCUCUUAUCCCCCCCCCCCCCCCCCCAACCGACACAGCCUGGCAAAGUCGCUCUGGGAAUGGGAGCUAUUAACUGUCUCUGCUGAUCUGCCUCUUAAUUUUCAAUGCUUCCUGGGGAAUAUUCCAAGCCCGGCCGUGACUGCCUUCCUUGGCCUGUGCUUGGGGGGUGGGGGGUGGAGGUGGGUCAGGGUCCCUCGUUAAUGGGGUGCUGGAUGGCUUGAAAGGGAACGAAAAACGGGCCUUUUAAAUGCCUUUGUGGCCAUUAGGGCCGUUGGUUGUGUUUGGUCAAUUCAUCAACUCCAGAUUUUUGGUGCUACUAGAGAGACCCCCGUUGUGGGCUUCUGAAUAAAGGCUGGGGUCAAAGGUGGCUCUUCUGGCUUUUGUGUCAGGGCUUCCUUCAGUCCUGGGCUGAGGGGAGGGGUGGGGGGCGCUUCUUCCCAGCAAGAGCCACUGUUGGGGUCUGAGGGGCGCUUGGCCUGGACUGGCAGCUGGGUUGAGCGAGAUUUCUCAGCGGGCGCAGACACUUUUCUGAACAGCAGAGGGCAGCAGAGACCCACUUACGGAGGAGUUGUGGGCGGUGCAGCUGGGAGGUGCUCUUGGUCUUGCAAAGGGGGGCCAG